UGGCACAGAAAGUGACUCCCCAUCACUUUGCUCAGAGAAGUGGAAGUGGGGGGACAGGUCCCAACUGGGCCCCAGAGGCUAUAAGAACAGGAGGGGCCCUGGCCCCAGAGUCUGUGCUGGGACAGUCAGAUGGGUCACUGGAUAUUGGGGCCAGCUUUCUAGAGGCAUCCUUUGAGCUGAGGUACCGCGUCCCCCACCCCCCAGCUUGGGGCAGGACUCAGGAAAGGAGGGCAAAGCUGGAGACCAGGCAGAACCUCAUCGCUGAAAGCCUUGAAUGCCAAGGGAAGGAGACUGGGCUUUAUCAGGAACAGUGCAGCCGUGGAAAGACUUGAGGAGGAUCUGGCAUGGGCACUUCCUGGGUCACAGUUAGACACUGGGGAGGGAUGACACAGGCAGGCACUGACCAGCUCAGCUUCAAUGAUAAGGGACAGUACAGCUCUGGGAAGACUAGAACGGCAGGGGCAGCCCUGAAGUCUUCUUGGAGGAAAGGGAAUACAGGCCAGGGGCCCGGCGGGCUUCACGGGGCGGGAAGAAGGACUGGGGCCAGACGCUCGUGGUGGAAGGAAAGGAGGGGGUGUGGCUCUGGAGGAGGCCCGACGGACUCGAGCCGGGAAGAGCGCGCUGAGGGCCGUGGACGAGGAUGCGGUACGGUCCAGCCGGUUGCGGCCUCGUCCUACCACGGGCAUCGGCCGGGCUCUCAGGCCGGCUCCUCCGAUCCCCGAUCCCCGAUCCCCGGGCCCACUCCGGGCCUCGGUUUCCCCGCGCGGCGGGGCGGGGCGGGGACAGCGCGGGUCUCGAAGCCGCCUGCAGGGGGCGCCGGUGAGCGGCGCGACAGGAGCCCGAGCCCGAGCCCGAGACGCCGCGGAGACAGCGGGAGCCGGCGCGCGAGCUGCAGGAAGCUCGAUCUGCCCGGCAGGGCUUUUGAAGCCGCCUCUGAAGGGGACUUUGAGCUGCAAGGAUAUGCCUUUGAGGCAGCAAAGGAGCAACUGAGGCCACCUCGGACCAUGCGUGUGGGACUUGUUCAGAACAGAACUCCCCUGCCUGCCGAUGCCCCUGUGGCAAAACAGGUCACUGCCCUUCACAGACGCAUAGAAGCCAUCGCAGAGGUGGCUGCAAUGUGUGGAGUGAACAUCAUCUGUUUCCAGGAAGCAUGGACUAUGCCCUUUGCUUUCUGUACGAGAGAGAAGCUCCCUUGGACGGAAUUUGCUGAGUCAGCAGAGGAUGGACCCACCACCAGAUUCUGUCAGAAGCUGGCAAAGAAGCAUGACAUGGUGGUGGUAUCCCCCAUCCUGGAACGAGACAGAGAGCAUGGGGACAUUUUGUGGAACACAGCUGUGGUGAUCUCCAAUUCUGGAGCUGUCCUGGGAAAGACCAGGAAAAACCACAUCCCCAGAGUGGGUGACUUCAAUGAGUCAACUUACUACAUGGAGGGAAACCUCGGACACCCCGUGUUCCAGACUCAGUUCGGGAGGAUUGCGGUGAACAUUUGCUAUGGGCGGCACCACCCUCUCAACUGGCUCAUGUACAGCAUCAACGGGGCUGAGAUCAUCUUCAACCCCUCAGCCACCAUCGGAGCACUCAGUGAGUCCCUGUGGCCAAUUGAGGCCAGAAACGCAGCCAUUGCAAAUCACUGCUUCACCUGUGCUAUCAACCGCGUGGGCCAGGAGCACUUCCCGAAUGAGUUUACCUCUGGAGAUGGGAAGAAAGCUCACCAGGACUUCGGCUACUUUUAUGGCUCGAGCUACGUGGCAGGCCCGGACAGCAGCCGCACCCCUGGUCUCUCCCGCAAUCGGGAGGGGCUGCUGGUUGCUGAGAUUGACCUGAACCUCUGCCGGCAGGUAAAUGACAUCUGGAACUUCAAGAUGACGGGCAGAUAUGAGAUGUACGUUCGGGAACUUGCCGAAGCCAUCAAACCCAACUACAGCCCCAAUAUUGUGAAAGAGUAGCUGGAUGUCAGUCCCUGCCUACCAAGGAGGGGACCUCUGCCCCUAGCAGCUCAUCAAGUACAGCAGGCUUUUACACUUUCAAGUUCUCCCUCAUGAUGCCCUGAUAACAUUGCUGUACAGAUUGGUUUUAAAAUGCCCAGGCAGGGAGGGUAGAUUGAAGAGUGACUGCUUAAUGAAUAUGAGGUUUCCUUCCUGGGUGAUGAAAUGUUUUGGGGCUACACAGAGGUGAUGGUUACACUUCUAAUGUACUAAAUGUACAUGAAUGUACUAAAUGCCAUUGAAUUGUAUACUUUAAAAUGGCUAAUUCUGUGUUAUAUGAAUUUUACCUAAUUUUAAAAAAUCCCAGGCAUUGCUUGUGCAGGUUGACUUGCAUUUAAACACAUGGGAUGCCCCAGUCCUGAGGUUCCUCACCUCCUCUGUUUAGACUGUCAGCAACCUGAGGGUAAGGGUGGGAGUGUAUGUCCAAGGGAAAAGCCAAGGCUGAUCCAGAGUCCUUGAAUUAUCGGGUGGUUGUGGGCAGGGGAGACGGUCAUUAGAUGUGUCCACUUGGCCAGGCUGCAGUCUCCAGAUAUUCAAUCAGACUCUAAUCUGGGUGUUGCUGUGAAGGUAUUUUGUCGACGUCAUUAAAGUCUGUGACCAGUUAACUAAGCAAGUGAGAUUAUCCUAGAUAAUCCUGAUAGGCCUGCUUCAGUCAGUCAAAAGGCCUUCAGAGGAGAGCUGAGGCUUCCCCAGUGAAAAAGAAAUUCUGCCUGUGGACAGCAGCUUCCUUCCCAGGCCUGUUUGAGUUCCAGUUUGUCCUUCCUGGUGGCCUGCCCUACAGAUUUCAGACUUGUCUGUCCAGCCCCCACAAUCACUUAAGUCAAUGCCUUGCAAUAAAUCUCUUUCAAUAUA